AUGCCCGGUAUAUUUCCAACCGUACUAGCAGCAGCUACAGCAACAGCAACCAAAUCGGCUGAAAUACAGUCAAAGGAAGUAGCAAAGUCUGAAGGAUCUUCUAUAAUCGACUCCUUACAAAAAAUCCCAGAAUCUUUAAACAUUCCCAAAUCUCUGACACCUGAACAAGCAAAGGCUCUGGCGGUCUUAGCUGCUGGCACCGCCGUUCUUAGCGGAGUGAUGCUGGUUGUGUACUACAGAAAGAAGAAAGGGCAAGGCGGAACCCAGAAAACAUCUACUCGAGAUGGUAAGUGGGAACUAAGCGAAAAUGACUAUUCUUUCAAAUGCUUUUAUCCAUACGUUAGGAGCAUGCCCGGUAUAUUUCCAACCGUACUAGCAGCAGCUACAGCGACAGCAACCAAAUCGGCUGGAACACAGUCAAAGGAAGUAGCAAAGUCUGAAGGAUCUUCUAUAAUCGACUCCUUACAAAAAAUCCCAGAAUCUUUAAACAUUCCCAAAUCUCUGACACCUGAACAAGCAAAGGCUCUGGCGGUCUUAGCUGCUGGCACCGCCGUUCUUAGCGGAGUGAUGCUGGUUGUGUACUACAGAAAGAAGAAAGGGCAAGGCGGAACCCAGAAAACAUCUACUCGAGAUGGUAAGUGGGAACUAAGCGAAAAUGUCUAUUCUUUCAAAUGCUCUUAUCCAUACGUUAGGAGGUGCAUCUAAAA